CAUGUGGAUCUCAUCUUCUUAAAAUGGAUAGUAAUAAUUGUAUGAUUAGCAAGUCGGAAUAAGUCAAUCAAUCUUGCUAAGUGAGUUUUAGGAGCAGAGGAAGAGAGAGAUGGGUUACGUAGGAUUUACCCAACAUCUCAUUUUGCUUAUAGUAUGGGUAUUUGUCUUCCUGGGUAUGUUUACCAACUCAAAGUGCAGCCACCACAGGCCCAUAAUCAACUUUGGUGAUUCCAAUUCAGACACUGGAGGGGUGCUAAUAGGCACUGGACUUCCAAUUGGCCUUCCACACGGCAUUACAUUUUUCCACAGAGGCACUGGCAGGCUAGGCGAUGGCCGGCUUGUGAUUGAUUUCUUCUGUGAACAGUUGAACUUGAGUUAUUUGAGCCCAUAUUUGGACUCAUUGGCACCAAAUUGCACAAGUGGAGUAAACUUUGCAGUAAGUGGAGCAACCUUGCUCCCACAGUUUGUGCCUUUCGCACUAGAUGUUCAAGUACGCCAAUUCAUUCACUUCAAAAAUCGCUCACUUGAACUCUUAUCACUUGGUUCAAAAUAUUUAAUUGAUGAAGAGGGUUUCCGUAAUGCACUUUAUAUGAUUGAUAUAGGAGAGUAUGAUCUCUUGCUAGCCUUGUAUGCAUCAAACUUAACAUACACACCAGUCAUUGAAAAAAUCCCUUCAUUUCUUGCAGAAAUCGAACUAGCCAUUCAAAAUAUAUAUCUAUAUGGUGGCAGAAAAUUUUGGAUACACAAUACUGGACCAUUAGGAUGUGCUCCUAAAGAACUUGCAUUACAUCCUCAUAAAAAUACUGAUCUUGAUCAGAUUGGAUGCCUUCGUGUCCAUAAUGAUGUUGCAAAAGCUUUUAAUGAAGGACUCCGCAGGGUCUGUGAAGAAAUGAGAUUGGAAUUUAAGGAUGCAACCAUUGUGUAUGUAGACAUAUACAAUAUCAAGUACAACCUCUUUGCCAAGUACAAAAAAUAUGGUUUCAAGGAUCCAUUCAUGGCUUGUUGUGGCUAUGGGGGGCCUCCAAAUAAUUACAAUGUAAAAGCAACAUGCGGCCAGCCUGGUUCAAGCAUAUGCAAAAUUGUAUCACAGUCCAUAGUCUGGGAUGGAGUUCACUACACUGAAGCUGCCAACCGUGUGGUCGCAGCAAGUAUUUUAACCAUGCAUUAUACCACACCUCGAGUAAAGCUUGACCAUUUUUGGCCAGCCAACUAAGUGGCAAGCAUCCAUGAAUUGUUUUUUAUUGUAGCAACAUUUCUAGUAGUGACACAAAUUAAUCUACCUGUCUAAAACUCUAAAUGUAUGAUCAAAUUAUUUGUGGUU